CCUGCACCUGCUGUGGCCCAGAAGCAGCUGGAGCCUGGAGGUGGAGAGGAGGUAGGCAGGGCAGAGACUGUACUCGCAGCAUGUAGAGGCUGAAGCACAGAGCAGACAGCAUUGUGAUCCUCAGCCCUCCAUCAGUGACGGCCCUUUAAGGAUGAGCACGGACACUGCCCAGCACAGACCCAGCAGCCACGUGAGUGUCCUGGGUGGGCAGAGCCGGGCUAGCACAAAACCCAAAGUGGGCAGAUGGAGGCAGGCUGAGCUCUCUGGCUCCUGCUGGUCUGCUCCCUUGCCCUUGAGUGGAUGAAGACCUGCCUCCAGGUAGAAGAACUGGGGGGUAUGUGUGAGAGGUGCUCAGCAGCCAAGUGUUCAUCUCGCCCUGAUUGCUGCCUGGGCUGCUGCAAUGCUGAGUGCAAUAACAUUCCUGGCUGGCUCUUGCGCGGAGGCACUUAUGCUUAUAUUAUGACCUUCUGCCUGCUGAGCACUCUCUGCCUCCUGUACGCCUGAUUUCAGCCUCUCUUUGCUUUUUUUUUUAUUUAAUUAUUUUUUAUUUAUUUAUCAAUUUCUUGGUCUGGGAUGUGCUCUGUUAUUAAUGCAUCAGGAAGCCAUACGCAAUGAAGAAGCUCCAUUGUCUGUGCAUCAGAGGGAAUUAUUGACUGAGUGCUGAGCAGCCACGUUAUUGAUUCUGCCCAUAGCCCAGCCUGUCUGCUCCUCGGGCUGACUGUGUCCUUCUGGCUCGCUGCGUUUAAUCGGAUUCUCUGAGCCGCUGAGUGGAGGGGGAGAGCUGGAACCAAACCCAUCUAUCAUGUUUACUUCCAAAUCUAGCUCCGUGUCCCCUUCUCCAUCCAUGGAGCAGGCAGAUUCGGACGCUCUGGACAUCAGCACCAAAGUGCAGCUGUACGGAGUGCUGUGGAAGAGACCUUUUGGGAGGCAGUCGGCCAAGUGGUCCAGGAGGUUCUUCAUCAUUAAGGAGAGUUUCCUGCUCUACUAUGCUGAGAGUGAGAAGAAGAGCUUUGAGAGCAAUAAAUACUUCAAUAUCCACCCCAAGGGUGUCAUACCCCUGGGGGGCUGCAUUGUGGAACCCAAAGAAGAGCCCAGCAUGCCUUACGCCAUAAAGAUCUCUCAUGAAGACUUCCAUGGCAACAUUGUUCUAGCGGCUGAAUCAGAGUUUGAGCAGGCACAGUGGCUGGAGAUGCUGCAGGAGUCUGGAAAAGUGACAUGGAAGAAUGCCCAGCUAGGAGAAGCCAUGAUUGAGAGCCUGGAAGCCCAAGGGCUGCAGCUGGCCAAAGAGAAACAGGAGUAUGUAGAUAAGCUGAUUGAAGAAACGGAAGAGCUGUGUCUGCAGAGGGAGCAGAAAGAGGAACUGGAGCGUCUGAACCAGGUGCUGGAAGCAGAGAAGCAGCGGUUUGAAGAGGUGGUACGGGAGCUGCGGCUGGAGCAGGAGCAGAUCAGGCGGGAGCUAGAGCUCACAGCCCGCUCCCUUAACGGAGUGGAGGAAGAAAAGAAAGAAUUGCGAAGUCUGACUCAGUCCUUACAGAAAAACCUGGAGGAGCUCUCCAUGGAAAAGCAGCAAAUGUUGGAGAUGAUGGAAACAAAUGAAAGCCCACCUUCAACCAGCCCUAGCAAGGAGCAAAGUCCCAGCUGGGGGUUGCACUGCAGCCUGCAGCAGAUUGAAGAGAAGAUGCAGCAACUCCUGGAGGAGAAACUUCUGGCAGAGAAGAGGAUGAAGGAGAAUGAGGAGCGGUCCCGAGCCCUGGAGGCGGAGCGGGAGUUUUACUCUUCCCAGUCACAAGCACUGCAGAACUCACUCUCAGAGCUGACUGCAGAGAAGCAGCAGACAGAGAGAGACCUCAAGGCUGAGGUGAAGGUGCGCAUGGAACUGGAAAAGAGACUGAGGGAAGCUGAGAAAGCAUUGCAGAGCUUGGAGCAAGGCUUAAAUUCUUUGGAUCGGAACAAGGAGAAGGAGGAAAAGAUGAAAGCAGAUGUCAGUAAUCUGAGAAAGUUCUUCGAAGAGUGCAUCCGCAAUGCUGAGCUGGAGGCCAAGAUGCCCGUGAUCAUGAAGAACUCUGUGUACAUCCAUAAAGCUGCCACUCGUCGCAUAAAGAGCUGCCGCCUUCACUGCCGGAGAGCCAGCGCUUCAUGGAAUGACUUGAAGCAGUCCCAUUCCUUCAUCAUCUCACAUGCAGAAGCUGAAAACAUUGAGGAGCUAAAGGAGGCAGCCAAAAGACUAAGCCGGCACCAGCGCUUCCGUGAGACGAUCUACCAAAUCAUGAGAUCCCACAAAGAUUCAUCAUCAGGGGAUGGAAAGUGACUCUUGUUGAGAGGGGACUUCUGAUCUCAACUUGCCAUUCAGCUCUGCAAACACCAAGUAGUCAGGCAUUAGGGUCAGAAGGGAGUUGCAGCCUUUGGUGAGGAAGGUGGCGGAAAGCCGUGUGUAGGCAGUUCCCUCAGGUAGUGUCUCAGCUUUAAUUUGGAUGCUCCCUGUGGUCUGGCAGACCUUCCCUGAUGAUGACUCUGGAUCAUGUCUCUUUGUUUCAGCUGCUUACGUUAAGCCAUGUUUUGCCAAGGUACUGUGGCUGGUGUUAAAGUGACCCACUGGCCUCAGCUUAAGAAGUGCCUAUUCUUUUCUUUGCUGCCCAGUCCUCCUGCUAAAAACAGGUGCUUCUGAGAAAUACUUCAUCAGCCCAUGGUGCAGCUGGUGUAGCCACCCCCCAGCUGGCACAAUUUAACCUGUUCUAUUUAAUGUCUUCUAGGAAACUGCCUCCUCAGUGUAGGUCUGUGCAGAAAAUGGUAGGCAGGUUCAGUGUGGAGUAGCCUUGACUCUGAUGGUUUCCUCAUCACCUCGGGAAAACAAGCUUAAGGACAGGCAAGUGGGAUGAGGACUGUUCAGUAAUGACACCUACCAUUUUGCAGAUUAAAUGUUGUCAGCAGCAAGAUGUCAGGGCAGUGCAGCUGAGGAGGUGGGGAGAUCUGCUUCAGUGUGUACUGCAGCAAAUAGCCCUUAUUCAGCACUUUGUACUGCUCUCUGCCAGUCCUCUUAAUUGCAGCCCAAGCUUUCACAUUCUAGCCUGUACCUCCAGCAAGCCAAGACUGGAAUGGGGGAGGUCCUGUGUACAGCUUAAUCGGAAGUGGGCUCCUAGCUGGCCUCUGGUCACUCCUCAUUGUUCACCAUGAGGUUGUUGCAGUGGAGUAUUUACCUUGUAGUUGGUUAUCUUAUGUUUUACAUGAGAGGAAUGGCUUUGUUGUACAAACCUCUCCUUCAUACAAGCUGGCUAAUAAUUAUCCACACUAUAGCAACAGCACUGCUUAGUGCUUACAGAGCACGUGACAGGCACACUUAGUGAUGCUUUAUCCCUGUGAUAUAAGUCAGAAAACAAAGAUGUAAAACAUAUACAGGUGAUGACACUAGAAGGAGAUUAACUGCUAGAGUACUGGGGCUCUUAUGUCUGUACCCCUGGGUAUUACAUGAGCCCUUUUUGUCAAGUGAUUGGGUUGGCUGCUUACCUAUAUGCAGGCUGUGGCACUGGGCAUGUUCAGGCUCUGUUUCUGGCCACCGAAGUCAUUCCCUUCCAAUCCUGUGCUGCUUCUAGGAUGAAUUUGGAGAUGAGAUAGAGAAGGGACCUUGUCCUGUCAUCCAUCAGAGUGGCAUUGAUUCUGGUGGAGGGUGCAGAGUGUGAUGUGCUGAGAGCUUCUGGAGGUGGGGGAGUGUGUGACCAAAAGAUGAGCACUGAAGGCAUGGUCUCUCCAUUUCAGCCACUCACUGACCACCAUCCUUCUGCCAGACAAUGAGAUAUUUUAAGAAGCCAGAGGACUCAUCACAGAGGGCUGUCACUUUUACAAUGACAGGUGAUGGGACAGAAAAAUAACAUUUAUAUCCCUCCUCAGCAUACCUGACCCUUCUGUGCUUUUCCUACUCUAGCCUGUAUGCUAGAAGGCCAGAAUUAAUUCUGGCUCCCAGCAGGUUGAAAAGUUGAGAAACACAAGCAGAGCUGGUUUUCCCCUUUGCACUGUCCUAUCAACAUCUCAGGCUAUUUUCCAGUUGCAAUCUUUUUUUAUCAUGUAAUACUGGAAGAUGCAAUGAAAAGUACAACCGGAACGUGUAUCUAUAAUCAAGGCAGUUAGAAAAAUCACUCAGUGGCUUGUGAAUGCAACACUUUGAUCUAUUACAACCAAAUGCCACAAUAUCAUAAUUUACAGAAGUACUGUACUCAGGAGGUAGUCACAUCUGAUCUUCCUUUACUGCAUAUUGACAGCAAUAAGUAAAUAAAAGUUACACUGAUACCAGAGUGAA